AUGGCGGAGUUAGGAUCCUCCGCAAGGGUCUCGCUAGCUUCUGGAUUGUUGGACUCUGUUAAGGCUUUCGUUUCAUCCAUACUCGCCUCGAGCAAAUCGGAACUUGGGGUAGGACUGGGCACUUUUUCCGUGCUAUCUCUUUCGAGAUCCAUUGAUUUUCCGUCCUCAAGAGGCAUAGCAGCGUUCCCUGCAGAGGUAGCAGAGGAUGUGGUGGAGGAUUGUCUGCCUCGCGGAGCACUACGGCGACGUUGCCUUGAUGAGGACAUCGUCAGUCCUUUUCUCGCGCAGGGAUUUCGUGUAUUAUCCUCUAAUACCGAACGGUGA